AAAACUGUAGGUCAAGGGUGGCAGUCCCUUGGCUUCAGGCUUCAGGCUGGAACACCUGCAUCUGAAAUGACUCUUAGUUCAGAGGUAAAACUCAUGAAGACAGCACAAUUUAAUGAGUCCAUCCCUAACAACUAAACAGCUCCUCUCUGUUAGCUUGUGAGCAGGACAACAUCUUAUUCUAUUGUUCGAGAAAGAAGUGACCUUGUCAUAUACAGGAAAACAAUGCUCCUUUGGGUGUUAGCCCUCCUGAUCUUCUGUGGUUUCCUAUGGAAUUAUAAAAGACAACUAAAAAUUUCAGACAUCACUGAUAAGUAUAUUUUCAUUACUGGGUGUGACAAGGGCUUUGGAAACUUGGCAGCCAGAACUUUUGAUCAAAAAGGAUUUCGUGUAAUUGCUGCCUGUCUGACUGAAUCAGGAGCAACAGCCUUAAAGGCAGAAACCUCCAAGAGGCUUCACACGGUACUUCUGGAUGUCACUGACCCGGAGAAUGUCAAGCGGACUGCCCAGUGGGUGAAAUGCCAAGUUGGGGAAAAAGGUCUCUGGGGUCUGAUCAAUAAUGCUGGCGUCCUCGGUGUGCUGGCUCCCACAGACUGGCUAACAGUGGAGCACUACAGAGAACCGGUAGAAGUGAACCUGUUUGGACUCAUCAAUGUGACAUUAAAUAUGCUUUCCUUGGUCAAAAAAGCUCGAGGGAGGAUUAUCAAUGUUUCCAGCAUCGGGGGUCGCCUUGCAUUUGGUGGAGGAGGCUAUACCCCAUCCAAAUAUGCAGUAGAAGGCUUCAAUGACUGCUUAAGACGCGACAUGAAAGCUUUUGGUGUACAUGUCUCUUGCAUCGAACCAGGAUGGUUCAAAACAGAAUUAGCAGAUCCAGUCAAGACGGCUGAAAAAAAACUUGCCCUUUGGAAGCAUCUGUCUCCAGAUGUCAAACGACAAUAUGGAGAAGGUUACAUUGAAAAAAGUCUAGACAAAAUGAAGGGUACAUCCUUUGAGAACACGGACCUCUCACCUGUGGUGGAGUGCAUGGACCACGCCCUCACCAGUCUCUUCCCUAAGACCCGUUAUACUGCUGGAAAAGAUGCCAAGACUUUCUGGAUACCUCUGUCUCAUAUGCCAGCAGUUUUGCAAGACUUUUUGUUGUUGAAACAGAAAGUAGAGCUGGCUAAUCCCAUGGCGGUAUGACUCAGCUGACCACAACUGUCUGCUGUGGGCUAUCCGUGUGGCUGAUAUCAAGGACAUAUUUCCUUCUUGAUCUCAUUCCUUACCUGAUCCAACCUGGACUCAUUUAGAUCAUGCUUCUUUUGGUGAAGGAAUGGAUCCCACCCUCCCUGGCAAUAUCCCAGGGAAGGGCAGGGAUGACAUAUCACAAAGAAGGGCAGGUGUGGUACCUGCCCCAUAUUUAGGCUUUGCAUGCCUAGCAUGAUAUAAGGGAAAUUGAAAGGUUUUCCCUUCCAAAAUGACCUUCUCUACAGCUUGUCCCGUGCUUCUACCCAUUCCUGAAUGUUAAAUAUUUGUCCCUUAUUAAAAUGUUCAGAGAUGAGUAGAAUACUUUCAUAAGUGGAUUAGACAUGCUCUGUUACCUUGUUGAGAACCUGACUCUGAAGGACUGAACUUGGUUCUGUAAGCUUGGAUGGGGGCAGGAGAAGGAAAGGUAAUGAAGCAUUAUGCAUGGGUGCUGUAAGCUGAGGGACAGCAGAAAAACACUAGGGAGGAGGGAAGAAAAAGCACUAGAGGACUGAAAAAAGGAAAUGGGUAUAAAAGUGGAGGUAGGGAAGCUCCAAGACAAGCCUGCCUGUCCUAGAGGGAGCGAGGGGGAAUGAAGAGCCCAUUCAAGGCCACUGGGAACUCUGAUGCACACAAGGCCAUCUGGUAGAAAAGUGGGAGCGACAGGGUAGCCAACCAUUCCAGAAGGGGAAACACGUAGGGACUAUUUACAUUUAUUCUGGUGAUUGUAAAUAUAACAGGACUAAAAAUAUCUGAUACAACUUACACCUGAGAUGGUUGAAAAUCCUGUGUUUCAGGUGUCUCUGAAGCCCUAUGGAGAGAUAGAACUCAAUAAAAGGCUCUCAUUAGCCUAU